UUUUCAGUGUAAAUAUUAACUUUUGUUAACAAGAGUAAAUCGUAAAAACAAGAAAGAUGAAGCCAAUUAUGAUUGCGUUUUUGGUUGUAUUGAUGGCUGCUACAGGUUAUGCUAUCCAGUGUUACGUGUGUAGUAACUGCGCUGAUGCUAAGAAGUUGAGCGACAGUCAACUUUACAAUUGUUCUUCUCUCACUGACACUUGUAUUAAGGCUUCUGCACAGAGUGUUGUGACAAGAAGCUGUGGCGCAGGUGGUAAUGUUGGAUGCCAGAGUAUUUCAGCUUUUGGUGUGACAGCGGAGACUUGUAUUUGCAAAGGAGAAAAAUGCAACGGAGCUGGAACCCUCAAAUCAAGCAUCAUACUUGGAUCCGUUAUCAGCCUCCUCGUUGCUAAAUUUAUUAUUGUUUAGAUGCGUUGUAUAGUAUAUAUCUUUGUGAAAAAAUUAAAUAGUUGAUUUGAAUAAUGGAUUGAUAUUAUUGUUAAUUUUCUUUACUAUGUAAUCGUUAUUAUGCAAUUCAUGAAUGGAAUAACAUUUUGAUUUUGACUUAAAAAUGAGUUGUGAGUAGGGCUGGGCAUUUUCGAAUCGAAUCGAAUAGUAAAUUAUUCAAAUCAGUUAAGACAAAAAAUUUCGAAUCGGUUACGACAAAAAUUUUAAAUUGCCACCAUCUUGUUUCAAGAUGAAUCGUUAAAUUUUCAUUGUGAAGUCAUAUUUUUAAAAUGUUGUUUUAACUUACGACUGUUUUUUUCCUCGUGAGCUAUUGAUGAAACAUGUUUCUUAUUGUAUGUAAACACUCAGCGAACUGUCCGAUUGUUGGAUUCUAUGUUUUCAGUAAUAUAUGUGUCUCUCUGACUCAUUACAAUACAAAAGUCACAUACAAUUAUGUCGUUUGAAUAUUACAUUUAAAUAUCUUUUUUAUUUAAGAUUUAAUUCAAAAAAAAAAUUUGAUAUUUUAAUUCGAAUCUGAAAUUAUCAAGUAAUCAAAAAUGCUCAGCCCUAAAAUGAGUCGUAAUUUGUUACAAUUUAACAGAUUGAUUCCACUGUAUGACACUGCUAAUACUAAACAUUCGUGGGUGCCAGAAAAUCGUCUUUAAACUAAAUCAGAAUUCGACAGUAAAACUUGUUUAUAAAUGCUGAUUCAAUUACUAUUUAUUGCCUACCUUACUGAGAUCAAUAUUGCGCGCUCCAGAAGUGUACCAAUAUGGAGGUAACUAAUUUUUUCGCCUACUUUACAUCAAGUUGUGUAAAGGGACGGAAGCCUAUGGGCAGGGGGGAUAUUCACUUGGCUAACACAGACAGUCCCCGAACUCGUAAUAGAACUAAGAUAGGGAAAAUCGGAAUGAUGUUAUGGCCUUAUUCUAACCUGGUACGCAUACUACAGGAGUACCCAAUAUUGUUCAAAUUAAAUACUUUUGCCCACCCAAUUCGAAGGAUUUGCUUUUUUUAGACUAAAUAUGUUUGAUCUGUCAAUGCUAAUAGUCGAUAAAAUUGUUCAAAAUUGCAAUGAGAAUUUAUCUGUAUAUCACCAUAUAUUGUUUCGGCCCUCACAUAUAUAUUAAAUGAAGUGAAAACACUUAAACAAUUACUGAUUAAAAACAACAAACUUGGUUAAGAUAUAUUGAGAACUGACUUCAUAACAAAAUUGAAAUUGUAAAAAGACUCAAAUCAUAAAUCAUAUUAUUAUUUUUCCAUCUUCUUGCAUUAAAAACUAUAAUUUAAAAACCAAACUAAUUUUCACUAAUUACACCAAUUACAAUUUUAGAAACGGUAUCAGAAGUUGAUAGCGGAAUCUUUCUAUUUACGUAAAGAACUUAAGUAAUAAAUCAGUAUAUGUCUUGUUACUACUACCCUUUUAGUCAAUCAAAUCAAAAAUUUUCCAUUAAUGUCAUGAAGAGAAUUACAAUAGCAUUAGCAUGGGUAAAAUUUUUAUAUCAAUGUAGAAUCAUUUGUCAUGGUGAUGACGCACUAUGGUCGAGCUUUGGUGUAACCAUGGCAACGAAGCCUAGAAAGGCGUCAGUUUCUGUUCUAAAGAUGUCUCACUUGUUUCUUUGACUUGACUGACACUUAAGUCUGUAUAAUAUAAUAGGGUGUCGAUUAUUGCCUCACCGUAUACCUAAAGAAUUAAAUAUUACAACUCAGAAAAUUGGUGGUGGUGAUAAUGACAGAGCAGUAUCCGAUUUAUGUUCCGGAUAUGCGGAUCUAGUAUUCAAUUUGUCUGAUCGGUUCUCAAAACGCAGUAAACAGUUUAUGAAACAAAAAUUGUAUUAUUGAUGAGGUCAUAUUUCAUGACUGACGUAUUUUAUUACAUUUUUAAAUAAACUGUUUUCAAAAAAAAA